GUCGACGCCGUUGACUCACGCUCUCAUCGCUCGACCUGUUUCAUCUUUUCUCGUCGGCAACGUCGUCACAACCCGGACCCGAGACCGCAGCAAGCGACAACCAUCUUGACUCUCCAUCUCCCUGUGGCUCUAUCACCAUUGCAAAGCAUCCGUCUUCCACCACAUCUUCUCCAUCGCCGCCCUCGGAUCUGCCUGCCUAGGGUCACGAGAAGAGCUCCCAAACGACCACACCCGGCAAAGGCCUCAGCACCAAUGGAAGCGUCGCCGCCCAGCUCGUCCCCUUGCAUCUUCGCCAACACUCUUGUAUCGCGACAUGAGUGACGCAGGGAGCGCCGCCAGUAUCACUCCGGCGCGCCGCGGCGACAAUGACCGGCCCCCGAGGCUUGGCGACUUUGACAAGCUGCAAGGCCGUACCGCCUCGUUGCCCGUCUCGGGGGAGUUCAAGUCCAAGGAGAGGACGUGGCCCCGCUGGUUCAGCGAGGGCGUCUCGCCUGCUUCCCCGACGCCAUCGGACUCAUCUCUCAAGCUGGGGGACUUUCGCGGAAUAGUCUCACUUCUCAGAGUCGGCGAGGGCCUGGACGCUCCUCAUGAGAAGCGCCCCUUGGACAGACAAGAGCUCCACCGACUGGCCAAUAUCAGCCGCGCCGCUUCUCCUAUUUCACACUCGGAUCCAAUCCCAAUUCCCUCGCGUCCCGACGGCGGGCUUCACCCGCCGUCCGGAUUACAAGAUGACGAUCCCCUUUCGGCUACCGACCCUGUACAUGAGUCCGGGUCCUCAAGAUCCACGAUUGAUGCCUCGAGUACUCCCGGCACCACCCCUCCAGAGCCAGACUUUUGCUCGGCUCAACGUCCUGCAUCAUCGCAACUCUGUCCAGCAAAACGAACGGCCGCGAGGCCUAGCACGCUGCAACAGAUCCUAUCAUACCAGAAGACGAAAUACGGGCCUUUAAUCCCCGUGUACGGCCAGGUGGCUUCCACGGCACAGAAACACGAGUCGCUGAUGAACGGCCUCGUGCGACAUCGGGUACUGGACGCCGAAAACGCACUUCUCUUCCCAGCCACGACAUCCAACGGCAUCCACGUAUUCCUCGACAUGUCCAACAUCAGUAUUAGCUUCCAUAAUGCUCUCCGGGACAGGUUCUCGGUGGGCGUCGAGGCACGUUUCGUGCCUCUUCCCUCACUGAACCUGCAGUUUCUCACGGAAAUCCUCGUGCGCGGCCGUUCAGCCGUGUCACUCAAUGUCGGAUGCUCUGUGCCCCCGCGGCGGGCGGAGCCGCGCUUCGUCGGCCAACUACGGAGUUUGGGCUAUCACGUAGACUUGAGGGAGCGAAGGCCAGUGCUGGAACCGAGUGUGCCGCAUCGUGUGCCGCGCGGGCAGGCUCCCGCCGCCGUGUUCGCAACCUCGUCCUCGUCUGACGAAAUGUCUUCGGGGACUGCCGCCGCCGCCGCCGCCGUCCGCUACGUGGAGGAUUUGGUGGAUGAGGUGCUGCAGACCCGCAUCGCCGAGUCUGUUAUGGAGUGCUUCCAGCGCCAAGGCACAAUUGUCCUCGCGACUGGCGAUGCUCAGCCAGCUAAGCACUCGGACGGCUUCUUGACCUACGCCAUUCGGGCUCUGAAAAUGGGCUGGAAUGUUGAAGUAGUGUCUUGGAAAAACAGCUUGUCCUCACACUGGCGGAAUCCCGCAUGGGCCGCCAACUGGGGCACCAGAUUCCGUGUCAUUGAGCUGGAUCCUUUUUUGGAUGAGCUACUGGCUUGUCCCACAACAUCAACGCGAUCUUGCUACGAGAGCGAUGGCGCAUCACGUGUUAAGCCGGGGAGACUCAAGGAUACUUAAAUCAGCCACAGAGGGCAUGGUAUGACAGGCCGUACACUUUUGAGAAUAGUAAAUAACAUAAAUCAUUGAAAU